AUGGAAAAGCCUCAGCCAAGAAAAAGGGGAAGACCUCCCAUCACUAAGAACUAUACAAAUCCUUUAGAAAGCCCAAUGGCUAUCUCUUCCAUGCAAGUUCAAAAACAAGGAACAGCUAGUUUUUCAAAACCGUUGAUGAAAGUUGGUCAAUUGACUCCAACUCCGAAAAAAAGAAGACAAAAUAGUGUCACUGGAGGUAAUAUAAGCUUCACUGAUAAUUCUCCUCUUGCAUCAAGCCCGCUUUCGUUUAAUUCUGCUUAUCAACCUAAUAGUAUUACCAAAAAAGGUAGAUAUAGAGGAAUUAUACUUUCAACUCCCGUUAAGCAAAGAAGUACCAGCUCUUCCAGUUUAACGCAUCUAUCGACACCAACAUCUAAUGACCAUCCGUUAGGAUUCAAGGCUAAUGUGAGAAGCUCACCGCCAGUGGCUCCAAUAACACCAUUCACGGAAAAUCUACAGAGUAGAGAGCAUCGUUUAAGAAAAAAUAGUCCACUUAAUAAUAACGUCGAUGACCCAUCGCAAAUGAUGUCUGAAGUACCCUCAGAGGAGACCAGAAAAUUCUCCUUAUCUCUUUCUAUUGAUGGUGGCGGAAAAGCUACUAUCGGGUCGUUAUCCUCACAAGGACAAUUAAGAACUCAAUCUGUCGUAAGAAAUCCAGAUACGUAUGAUAAUACAAGUGCUGAUAUUAUAGAAAGGAAACAUGUUUUGAACUUGUUGAAAAAAAUGAAAAAUAAUUCACAUAUCAAUAAAUUGAAGCGGAGUUGUAACUUCAAAAAGUUUUCUUUAUCUUCAAAUUCACUCUCGUCAAUGAAUGGUGAUAAUGCUGUCAAUGCCCCUAGUAUAUCUUCUCCUACAUUUUUGGUCUCAACUGAUACUGAACUAAAAAUCGAAGAAAAAGAACAUAGAAAACCAUUAAUACUUCCAAGUACUCCACCUCCACCGCCGCCAUCUUCAUCUUCACAAGUAAUUAAUUCAAGUGCCAUAUUUAAACCAGGAACGAGCCCUGCUUCUCGCCUAGAUCAAUUGCUACUAGAUAGUAAUGUAUCUCUCUCACCAGCUUCUUUUUCGCGCCCUGUAACAAAGUCACCUCACAUACCUUCCAAGAAAGGUUAUAACGGUCAAACUACGACUCCCAAACGCUUACUUAUAUCACCCAAGGCUAAAACUAACAUUGCAAAUACACCGAAAACUAAAAACACUAGCGGUGAACACAUUGUUUUCAAAUUUUCAAGUGGAGAUCCCGUACUACUAACCGAUGAUAAUUACCUGGGAGAUCAACAAUGGCAAGAUAAUGGGACAAAUAUUCUACCGAGCACAUCUCCAAAUCGCCAGAUGUGCUUCAACACUCCACCUUCUUUCUUAAAUUUAGGCUCGCCAGGUGCUUCCUUAUUUAGUCCUUUCACACAAAGGAGAAAUUCUGGUGUUCUUAUACCUAACAACACGAAUGUUGUAACAUCGGUUGCUGAACCAGAAACACCCAAAUACGUCAAUAUAUCUCUUCCUAUUUCGUCUUCUUUAGGUUUAACACCAUUUGUAAAUAUAUGGGCAAGUCCCCAUACCCAGUUGACUAAAGAUAUUCUUCGCCUCAAUGGUAGUGCUAUAAAUGAAACAAUAGCAGUACAGCAGGGAACCAAAAAUAAUGAUGAUUCGGCAUCGUCGCCAAGAGCAAAAAUUGAUAAAAACAAGUUCAAUGAUGAAAAUAGUAAUGAGCAACUUGAUCCAAUAAUACAAUCCUUCGAAGGCGAACAAAGUAAAAAUAUUCCUUUAAAUGCUAAUAACGAUAUUCUACAAGAUAACCAUAAUACUAAUGAAGGUGAUUCCUCGAAAGGUAAACUCGAUGAUGCUAGAAUUGCACUGAAAAGCCUGAUCACUGAACGCUGA